UCGAUGUUUCUCCACCACUGCUGUCAGUUUUAUACGCAAGUCAUUUUGGCAUCAGAGUCAUUGCGGCAUUUGGAACUUGAUUUGUUUUUUGUUUAAUACGAGACUUUUGCACAACAGAAACUACAGCUAUGUUUAUGACACGCUCUGAAUACGAUCGCGGUGUAAACACCUUCUCACCCGAGGGCCGCCUCUUCCAGGUGGAGUACGCCAUUGAAGCAAUCAAACUUGGCUCCACUGCCAUCGGCAUUUGCACAAACGAUAGUGUUGUCUUGGCUGUGGAAAAGCGCAUCACAUCGCCGCUGAUGGUGCCAAAGACGGUCGAGAAGAUUGUCAAAGUAGAUGAGCAUAUUGGCUGCGCCACCUCGGGUCUGAUGGCCGAUGCACGCACAUUGAUUGAGCGUGCACGCGUUGAAUGCCAGAAUCAUUGGUUCGUCUACAACGAGGCCAUGACUGUGGAGUCUUGUGCCCAGGCUGUUUCCACCUUGGCCAUACAGUUUGGUGAUAGCGGCGACAGUGAUGGCGCCUCUGCCAUGAGUCGGCCCUUCGGUGUGGCCAUUCUCUUUGCCGGCAUUGAGGAGGGCAAACCCCAGCUGUGGCACAUGGAUCCCUCGGGCACCUACAUUCGCUACUGCGCCAAGGCAAUUGGCUCGGGCAGUGAGGGCGCUCAACAGAACUUGCAGGACAAAUACACACCCGAGAUGACUGUGAAGGAUGCCAUUGAUCUGUGCUUAAACACCCUCAAGCAGGUCAUGGAGGAGAAGCUGAAUGAGACCAAUGUUGAACUGAUGACCAUGACAUUGGAGAAGAAAGAAUUCACCAUGCUUGGCGAGGAAGAGGUGAAGAAACUGAUUGAGGAACUGGCGUAAACGCAUCUCAUUUGGCACAUUGAAUGCAUUUUGAUUUAAACCGUAUAUAAUGUGAAUAAAGGGAUUAUAAAUCGAUGGAA